GAGGCAAAGGAGGGGAGGAGCUGUCUACACAAUGCAUGCUGAGUAAUAACCCACUAUCUGGUUGCUUUCAGAAGGAUGUCCGUUUCCUUCUUGACAGCAAGCCCUUCGCGUCAAAGGAAAAGUGCCACACAGACUAGUACGCAGGCGCAGAGCACACCUGGUAGGCUAUAACUGUUUACACUUCUAGUUGGAUCAAAGUCACUUUGCACGCAAAUUCCAGCGGAGCCACUGACUGUCAGACAGCAAAACAAUGGAAUAAGGAGUAUAAUCUUAAACAAUCCGAAGAAGAGGAAUGCCCUGUCUCUGUCCAUGCUGGAAUCACUGAGAAGCAACAUCCUGGCAGACAUCGACAGCGACGACCUCAGAGUCAUCGUCAUAUCAGCUAAGGGACCAGUGUUCUCCUCUGGGCAUGACCUGAAGGAGCUGACAUCAGCACAGGGCAGAGAUUACCACUUCAAGGUGUUUCAGGCCUGCUCAGAGGUUAUGACCCUGAUACAAGACAUUCCUGUGCCUGUGAUUGCCAUGGUGAAUGGGGUUGCCACAGCAGCAGGAUGCCAGCUUGUUGCCAGUUGUGACAUUGCCGUGGUGACGGAGAAGUCCACCUUCGCCACGCCAGGGGUCAACGUGGGUCUGUUCUGCUCAACACCAGCUGUGGCAAUAGGAAGAGCUGUCCCCAAGAAGGUUGCCAUGGAGAUGCUGUUCACAGGAAGCCCGAUCUCGGCUCAGGAUGCUUUGCUGCACGGGCUGGUCAGUAAGGUGGUUCCUGAGGAGCGUCUAGAGCACGAGACGUUAGCCAUCGCACGGCGGGUCUGUCAGGCCAGCCGGCCCGUUGUAGCACUUGGCAAGGCCACCUUCCACAGACAGAUGGCCCAGGGGUGGGAUGCGGCCUACGCUACAGCCUCUCGUGUCAUGGUGGAUAACCUGGCUCUCAGAGACGGACAGGAGGGGAUACGGGCCUUCAUAGAUAAACGGAAGCCUGUAUGGACAAACAAAGCAGAGAAGGCCCAUGAUGAGUGAUGUCUGCUGGGCUGGACUACCGUGGCCUGUGAGGGGUCAGCAGCCUCUGGACUGGAGAAGGGAGCCUGUGGAUGGUUGAGGUGUUAAUCUUGCCCCCAGUUGGACCUGAACCCAUCACAGAACACAGAAGUGCUCGAGGACAUUUUGAAAUUAAAUACCUGUUGAUUAUUGUCGUGAUCUGAUGAAAUGAAAAUGCAGGGCUGUCUUCGUGUAUGCCCUUAGGAGGGGGUGAGGUGAAGGUUUUAGGAAAGGUAGAUACUUGAGAUGCACCCAUGGUCAAGGGACUCACACAGGACAUAGAUUGGGCACUUCGUGUGACAAAAUGUAAAUGUUUAAAGGGGCAAUCUGCAGUUGAAGCAAUUACAAAGCGGCCACUGAUUUGGUAAAAAGCUGAUGGAUGGGACUGGAGAAAUGUAACUACUCUAAAAUUCAUAGACAGAGCUAUGGAUGCAAGGACUGACCAUCCAUGAGCUACAAAUG